AGAGGGGAGGAGAAGAAGGAGGAGGGUGAGGCGGCACAACAUCACUUUCUCCCUCUUUGAGCGCAACGGAGUGCUGCACGGAUGCAACGCACCGACUUCGGCACACACACGUUUGUUAUCAGAAUGCUUUUAAAAAAUGCUAUUUUUAAGGAUCCAUGAAUGGAAUUGGCUGCUUUUAUUCUAAUAAUUAUUUAAUUUUGGGAGAGAUCCAGCUGGAAGGACUUUGACUGGUCGGAAAGGAGGAUUGUUUUUUUUUUUUUAUUAUAGGGGAGAAGCAUUCAGUCAUCAAACCUCUUCACUGGACUUUCCGACUGACGGAAUUGCUGCGCGUGGGUCCGUUUCGGGGAUCAUCGCCCCCCGAUGUUGAACACUGUGGAGAAUAAAAUUACACCUGCAUAACGGGAGUGACAUUUAAGUGACACAUCAAAAUCGGAUCAACUUCCGAAAGUCUGGAAUAUUUGGAUCGAUGAUUUCCAGAGGACAGUGGAGCAAAUUCACUUAGGUCGGCAACAUGUUCAAAAGGGGCUGUGGGCUAGAGUUCCUGCUGGUUCUCUGCGGCCUGGAGUUUUCCUGGUCCUGCCCGCGUCACUGUAUCUGCUACACGGCACCCAGCACCGUCUCCUGCCAGGCCCACAACUUCCUGACGGUCCCCGAAGGCAUCCCGCCUGAUAGCGAACGGAUCUUCCUGCAGAACAACAAGAUCCACCGGUUGCUCCGAGGUCACUUCAGCACCAACACGGUGACUCUCUGGAUUUACUCCAACAACAUCACGUACAUCGAGCCGUCGACGUUCCGCGGCUUCACGCUACUCGAGGAGCUGGAUCUGGGAGAUAACCGCCACCUGCGUUCCCUGGCUGAAGACACCUUCCACGGGUUGAGCCGGCUGAAUGCUCUGCACCUGUACCGCUGCGGACUUAGCUCGCUCCCGAAUAACAUCUUUCAAGGAUUAAGGAGCCUGCAGUAUCUCCACUUGCAGCAAAAUCAUCUGAAAUUCCUGCAGGAUGACACAUUCGCUGACCUCCAUAACCUGAGCCACCUGUUCCUCCACGGAAAUCAUCUAUGGAGACUCAACCAGAACACUUUUCGGGGUCUGAACGCCCUGGAUCGUCUGCUUUUGCACCAAAACCAGAUCGAGUGGGUUCACCACCUGGCGUUCCACGACCUCAAACGUCUCACCACCCUCUAUCUGUUUAACAACUCCCUCAUGCAACUGUCAGGAGAGAGCCUGGACACGUUGCCCUCUCUGGAGUACUUGCGUCUCAAUGACAACCCCUGGUCAUGUGACUGCAAGGCCCUCACGCUGUGGGAGUGGCUGAAACGAUUCAGGGGCUCGACGUCCACGGUGGUCUGCCAGGCGCCUGUGGACAUGGUUGGGAACGAUCUGAAGGAUCUGCGCAAGGAGAACUUCUCCAGCUGUUCCUCAAGUUCUGAAUCCAGAGCCCAGACCAACAACUUAUCCGGCACGGUCAGCCCGCCAUCCAUGAAUCGCGGGGUAGUGGCGGGCUCUGGGGGCCAGAGCAACGUGGUGAACCCCUCCAGGGCCGGCCGUCCUCGCAACUGCUCAAAGAACCGCAAUCGAGGGAGCAAGAGCAAGGGUGACAACGAGGUCCACCACUCCAAGGAGGUCAUGGCAGACAAGGAGGAUUCUUCUCCGGAUUUUUCCGACGGAGGAAAACACGACCAUACGUCCCCUGACGGCACCGUCACGAGAAGAAAGCACAAGUGUGUUCCCCGGACCACUGUUCGACCCCCGAGCGGGGUUCAACAAGCCAACAACAGGGCAACCUCAUUCCGGCCUUUAUUGUACGUCUUCGCCCUCGCGGUUGCCUUGACGACAACAAAUAUUGACAUUAUUCUGCGCUGAUCUUCGGCGGGUCUGGUAAAGGUUUACCGGAAAGAACAAGCCCUUAACACACACUCGCUCCUGGCCCCUGUGUCUUUUAUGUGUGAGUGUGACUCUGUUGUAUAGGAACCGUAACCAUUCAGAUGAGCACAAGCAUAAAAACAUCAGAAGGACUCACAGGGAGUCCUAAGGUUGAUGCAGACCAAGCGUGCACUGCCACUAAAGCCAGGUUUCAGGUUCAUGUGUUUUUUUGUUGGUCUGUUUCAGCUCUGGAGCUCCAAGAACCAAAUAUUGGGCAAAGGCGUCAAUAUAAUCAAAUUUGGUCUUCAACAUGCGAGACUGACUGUCCCGUGUAGCCUCUAUUAAGCUCCAAUCCCUUUCUUGCUAGCAGUUGGUCCCAAAAAAAAGAGCAGAAAUAUUCAUUAACAGAAGUGGAAAUGUAAAUAUGAAUUCUAAAAAAAAAAAGGAAUUUAAAGCCACUGAUGAGUCAAGGCCAUAAAUAGCACGGCUAAUAAGCGUAUUCACAGCAAGAAAUGGCUACAGCUAACAGCUAACUACACGGUAAGCUAGCAAUCCAACGACACGGUAAGCUAGCAAUCCAACACGUGAGGCUGCCUUUUCAUUGACACAUUUGCUCCUGCCCGACUGGAUACGAAGCUGCUAAUUGAGUCACGAAACUGCGGACCGCUGUCCAUUCGCUCGGGGAGUGUCUGUGUGUUGUACUCGUUUGUUUUUUUUGUUACUUUCCAAGACACAGAGUGGACCUAGCGAUGAACCCGCGCCGCACGGACAAGUGAAACAGGGCUUUGUCAGUUUCCCUGGUGUCGAACUGAGCCCGCCUGCCUGCCGGCUGCUCAUCACUUACUGAGGAAAACAUUUUUUCCUGAAUCACUUGGUCAUACAAGACUCAAGGGGGGGGGAA